CAGCAUCCUUAAGGCCGUUUUGAUUAUUUUUUUAUCUAUCAUAAUCUCGUUGUCGCUCCUGGGUUCUUGUGCUGACGAGUGGACUCACCCCUGAUAAAUACCAUCACGGGGAAGUCUUCAAGUCGAGGAGUGGGAGAGAGGGAACCUCCUAGUACUCCACCACCACGGAUAAUGCAAAUGCUCAACAAAAACCUCUACAAAAACGUGGUUAACGACCUUUAGCUUUAAUAUGGUCACAAUCCGAACUCCUAGAUCUGAUCGAACGCGGACAAUCACGUAGGUCAUCGCGCGAAACGUCAUUGCAUGAAGCGUCGUCUCGGACACAUGCUAUCUCGAUGUUUCAUCUACAUGAUGAUGAUGAGGAAAAGGAUGAUCAUAUUAAGAUACAUCAUGGCUGUAAUGACCACGAGAAGACGGAAAAUGAAAAUAAUGGCUGUGAUAAGGUUGUGGAGAUGGAGAAUGGGAAUAGGUCUGAGUCGGAGCAGAACAAGGGCGGGGAGAUGAACACAUAUACAAGAACUUCUACCAAGAGAACGAGAACCCUCACAAUCGUGGAUCUCGCGGGUUCAGAGCGAUCGCUAGACACGUUUGCUAAUCGCGGAGAAGGGAUGCUGGAGACAAAGUUCAUUUCCACUAGUCUAGCAGCUCUGCAUGAUUGUGUGUGCGCACUUGCCGCGUCAGCGUCUAAGUCUUCUUUUAGUACUUUUGGUAGAAGCUCUAGGUCUAGGACUAGCUCUAGUGGUGGAUCAUCUAGUAGUCGAGGAGGACAUCAAAGUAGUAGUGCGGGACGAGCACCAAAUUGGCGUGCGAGUAAGCUAACGAUGUUGUUGAAAGACAGACUGUUGCAACUUUGCUGUAGGUCUUCUCCAUCCUCUUCAUCGUCUUUACUUUGGAUUUCUCAUUUUUCACCGAUGUCCUGGGAUUCACCGUAUUCCCGACGAACGGCCCAAACAGCGAAGAGCUUGGCUAGGUACGGACAGAAAAUGCGGACGAGUGAGAGGUCGCUGAAAAUGGCUUCUACGUCAUCUGAUUAUGCUUCACGCGACCCGGCAACUGAAUGGACUAAGAAAGAUGUCGUUUGCUGGCUCCGCGCUUUGGAUGGUGAGGGGAAGUAUGAAAAUUUGGUAGAUUUUUUCUCAUCUUGGGCAGACGGGCCAUCUUUGAGAAGGGAAUGGAAAUAUGAUUUGGCCAGACGCGUAGCAGCCUAUGGGGGAACAGAAGAGCAAGGAUGUGAAAUCUAUGAGAAAUUUGAACAGGAAAUGAAAAAAUACAAGAAGGCAAACUCAAAUUUAAUAUCUUCAAAGAUAACGACUACAAGUCGUGAAAGCAGCUGAUGAAUGACUGGCGCAGAAGAAAGCUGAAUGAAUGAAGAUGAUGACUGAAGAAGCUCGAGUCUAACGUGCUGG